AUGUCCAUGUCAAUGGGCGAUAUGCCCAUGGGCUCAAUGUCCAUGGGUGACGGCGUCCCAGGUCUCUUCUACUUACAGAAGAUGUACUGGGCUGUCGUGGGAAGUGCCAUUGCUGCUGCCACAGUAGUCAAUAUUCUGAACAAAGGCUUGGCUCAGCAUCGACUGCGAGACACUUCACGCUCCCCCGCAAAGCCCAAAUCACUUUUAUUUAGCGCAUAUGCCACACUCACAGCGAUAACCCGAGAAGUGAGCUAUGCCACUAUCAAUCCGAUCUCAGUGGGGAAAUAUACCGUCCAUUUUCCACCUCUUGGGCCCGUUCUCAUCAUCCUCGCCAAUCUAGUUGUGGUUCUCGUCCUCUGCUUCUACAAACUCGACACCACCAACGUGUGGAAAUGGGAAGAUGUCGGCUACCGCACCGGAUUCAUCGCCAUCUGCCAACUGCCACUUAUCUUCCUGCUGGCAGGGAGACAGAACAUCAUCGGGUUCUUAGCAGACAUGAGCUACGCCCGCCUGAAUUGGUUCCACCGCUGGAUUGCGCGCACUCUAUGGCUUACAACAACGAUCCACAUGGGCUUUUGGUUCCGAAACUGGGGCCGAUAUGAUUACAUCACAUACCAGCUGAAGAAUGAUCCCCUUACGAAACGCGGAUUCGCGGCCUGGUGUAUCUUGACUUUUAUCGUGCUGAGCUCGGUCGCCCCCGUCCGAAGAUUCAGCUAUGAGGUCUUUGUCUUACAGCAUCUGGUUACUUUUGUUGGAUUCAUUGUUGCUGUGUGGUUGCAUGCACCUAAUGAAGUCAAGGUCUGGGUUUGGAUCCCUAUUGGUCUCUUAGUGUUUGAUCGUGUGGCGAGAUAUGCGUGGGGUGCAUAUAUCAAUCUAUCGGUAUUCCACCGCCAGGGCAGCAAAAGUGCCUUCUGGUCACAUUCGGCGACCUUUACGGCGCUCCCGGGAAAUGUCACCAGGGUGACCAUCAAGAGCCCCAGUAUGCACUGGCAACCCGGUCAGCAUGUUUUCCUGACAUGCCACUCCAUCGUUCCCUUUCAGAGUCACCCAUUCACGAUUGCAUCUAUCCCUGAAGACGACAAGAUGGAAUUCUUGAUUCGCGCCGAGAAUGGCGGCACGAGGCGAUUCUUCCGAUAUGCCUCGAAGGACAAGAUCCUCAAUGCAGAGACAUUACCGAAUAAGCGCAGUCGAACAGUUUUUAUCGAGGGACCGUACGGGUCUAUUCGAAACUUGCGCCAAUUUGACAGCGUUGUGCUUGUAGCUGGUGGUAUGGGUGCAACAUUUGUCACGCCAUUGCUCAGAGAUAUCGUGGCGGCUUGGAAGAAAGAAAGCCUAAGUGAAAAUCAAAAGGCAAUUAGUCAACCCGGACGCUUGACAGCGACUAAUAGGGUUCGUUUCGUCUGGGUCAUCAAGUCCCGCUCCCAAUUGAGCCUUUUCGAGAAACAGCUGCAAUCCGUGCUGGCUGAUGUGGAGGAAUGCCGGCGGGUCCAGCCAGGCUUCAGCAAAGAGAUCGAUAUCAGUAUUUACAUCACAUGCGACGAGAAACUUGAACCUCCGACCACCCAGCAAAUAACCCCGUUGAUUUCGCAGGGAACCGCAGACCCUCAAACGUCCGAGUUCAAUGGAAAAAAGGAAGCGAUCGAAACAGACUAUGUCUCAGUGCCUUCGAUUUCAGGCGAAUCAUCUACCGCCUCGCCUACUGCAGCAAUCGGUCGAGGCUGUCUCCCUAGUGGAGGAUGCUGCUGUACGAAGCAGAUCGAAGACGAGGAUGCCAUUUCCACCUGUGCGUGUACCUGUUCAGGCCCAGCACCUACGUCACUAGAACCAAAGACCCAUGGCGAUAAGCCGACAAACAUCGAGACCUCAGCAUCGUUUGAUUCAAAAGCAAACUUUGUAUCUGGUCGUCCAUACCCGCGCGCAAUCAUCCGCAAAGUCCUUGAAAAGGCAGAAGGUGAAAGUGCCGUCGUCGUGUGCGGUCCCCACGGGCUGGCAGACGAGGUCCGCCGCAGUGUGGUGUACCUCAGCGAUGAACGGGCAGUUCACAAGGGCACUGGUGCACAGGGUAUUUACUUGCAUGUUGAGAAUUUCGGAUGGUGA